AGCUGUUCAACAGGUGUUGUUCAAAGCAGAUAAUAGUGUUCAGAAUCUGAAAUUUCUCUAAUCAAAAUGUUGGUCUGGAUUAACUACCAGUCACUUAGAUAUCCUGUAGUUCUUCCAAUUAAUCCGACUAUUGAAGGAAUAAAAAAAGGAAUUGAGAAUGAGCAGCACCUUGGAUUUGAAGUACAGGACCAACAGCUAUUCUACCAAAGCACCCUGCUGGAAAAUAAUAAUGCAAGAAUUGAACAUUAUGGAAUUCAACCUAAUUCUGAAAUCGUUCUUCUUGUUAUUAGGCGUAUCAACAUUUUGUUUAACUCGGCGAGGCUUACUGUGUCGAUUUGGGACCAAGAGCGGGUUCUUCAACUCCAAAAAAAAGUAGCAAGAAUGAUUCAUACAGCUCGUCUUCACGGUGUGGAGCUCCUUCACAAUGGUAGCGAGUUGAAAUUGGACCGAAAGAUCUCAACUAUUCCGAUUGAGGAUACUCUUGUUGCCGCUGUCUUAUUUGGAGUUAAAGUUGAAGGAAAAAUACUCGUUUAUGAAGUAAUUGUCCAUAACCGGAUGACAGUUGCACAAGUGAAGCAGAAACUCCAUACAAAAUAUGGUCUUGAACCUGAAAAACUGAAGCUCCUCUGCAGUCGGUCGAGAAAUUUUCUUGAUGAUGGUGCAACUUUGAUGGAUUAUGGAAUUCAUAAAGAAGGAACUGUAAUCCCUGUAGUUGGUGAUAUGUUCCCUGCAAUUGAUGACAUAAUUUAAGUAGAUUUAUGUUUGUUUUAUCAUAUAAUAUUAGAAAAAUAAAAGAGCUA